ACCGAAGCACAUUUUUGGUACGCCUGUACAACCAAUGACGCUCUCUGGCUUUGGCCGCCCAGCACUCAGCACUCUCUCUGUUGCUGACUUUUGGUCUCAGUCUAUAUCCACCGCCGCUGCCACCACCUCACCAAGCAAGCAGCUGACAACAUCAUGCCAUCUACAGCUCCAGGAACUCCUCCGAGAGAGCAGCCAUUGCCAAAUGAAGCCCCCAUUGACCAGUUGUUGGAUAAGGAUGACAUCUGGAUCAACAAUAUCCUUCCUUGUUUAGGUAUUGGACAGUAUGCAUUCGUGGGUGCCGUCAACAAAAAAUUCAAUCAACUCUACAAAGCUUGUUUUGCUUCCGUGGAGGACCCUUGUCUUCGAGUGAAAUGCAGCUAUCAUCCUUACCACCGCGCAGCGACUUGUACAGAAACAUCCUACACUGCCGCAUUCUUCAACGUGUCAUGUGCCCAGUACUGGGAACGCGGAAAUCACGACGUUUCCGCCUCGAUUCUCUCUCUUCCCUGUAGUAUUGCAGCUAAAACGGGGAAUCUGCGGCUUCUUCAGUGGGCCCGCCACAACGGAUAUCCAUGGGACGAAGAGAUUUGCGCCCAAGCUGCGUCUCGGGGCGAUUUGGAGCUCCUCAAAUGGGCACGUGAAAAUGGCUGUCCAUGGGAUCGGCGUACCUGUUUCUUUGCAGCCAAAGAAGGUCAUCUGGAGAUCCUCAAGUGGGCACGUCAAAAUGGCUGUCGAUGGAAUGCAACGACAUGCGCCCAUGCUGCUCAAAAUGGACAUUUGGAGAUCCUCAAAUGGGCACGUGCAAAUAGUUGUCCAUGGGACGAGCAUACUUGUGCCGCGGCCGCUGGGAAUGGUCAUUUGGUGGUUCUGAAAUGGGCUCGAGAUAAUGGUUGUCCAUGGAAUAAGCGUACUUGUGCUGCAGCAGCUGGAGAUGGUCAUUUGGAUGCCUUGAUAUGGGCACAUCAAAAUGGAUGUCCUUGGGAUGAAGAGACUUGUGCAGAGGCUGCCAUGAAUGGUCAUUUGGGUGUUCUAGAGUGGGCACAUACAAAUGGCUGUCCUUGGGAUGGAUCGACAUGCUGGAGAGCUGCUAAUUAUGGUCACUAUGAGGUACUGAAAUGGGCAUACGAAAACGGAUGUCCUUGGGAAGUUGAUGAAGAGACAAUGGAAUCUGCUCUUGAAGGUGGUGAGUUGGAGAUUUUCAAGUUGGCCCAUGAGACUGGACGGCCUUGGUGUGAAGAUACCUGUUACAUUGCUGCUCGGUUGGGUCACUUUGAGUUGCUGAAGUGGGCCCAUGAGAAUGGCUGCCCGUGGGAUGAAGAGACAUGCUAUGGAGCGGCUGCAGCUGGGGAGUUUGAAAUUUUGCAGUGGGCCCGAGAGCAUGGUUGUCCGUGGGACGAAGGGACCUGUGCAAGUGCUGCUGGAGCUGGGAACUUGGAAAUACUAAGAUGGGCCCACGAAAAUGGUUGUCCAUGGGGACCAGACACUAUUUGGAGCGCAAAUGAUAAUGGGCAUUAUGAAGUUGAGCAAUGGGCCCGAGACAAUGGAUGCCCACUGGAAUGGGAGUAUCCUUCUGAUUCUAGCUAGUCAGCAUUCCGAUUUCGAUUCGGAUGGGCUAUCAGGAGAGGAAACAAAGUAGCAACCCGAGGCGUACCCGUGUAGAGCACAAGUAGGUCACGAGCUGGUUGAAAGUGUACUCAGACCAAUUUAGUAGCUGUGUCUUGCCUUCCCAAAGAAAUCUAACCUCGUUUUAGCAAGCUAAAGCGGCAAGAUCAAGCUGCCACUAUGAAAGUAGUGUAUCUGUAGCCAAGAGAAAAGUUGGUUGGGUCAACCCAAUAUGACACUAGAUCCAUGCCUCCAC